AUGAGAAAACGAUCUGGCCACAGUUCUAUAUUUCAUAAUGAAGGCACUAGUACCUAUAAAGUUCCUGAGGUACUAAUGAAAGAAGCUAGAAAAAGCGGCAAAUUAAAUUUAUCAGACAAGCAAUUAACAGUAUGGCCAAAUGAAAUAUUUGACCUUUCAAACAGCUAUUCAACAAAUCAAAAUAUUGAUUUUGAUCAAACUGAAGAAGAUGAUAGUUGUAAAUGGUGGGAAGUUGAACCCCUAAAAACUCUUGAUCUGUCCAGUAAUUAUCUUAAAACAAUUCCUGUUAAAAUUAAAAUUUUAGACAGUCUAGUAACAUUAAUGCUGCACCAUAAUAAUUUGAAUUCAUUACCAGGAGAACUAGGUCAAUUAACAAAGUUGGUAACAUUAAAUUUAAGUCAAAAUGAACUUCAUGAAUUUCCUAUGGAAUUAUCUGGAAUGAAAGAAUUAAAAAAUAUAAAUUUAUCUAGUAAUUUAUGCAAAAUAUUUCCUGAUUUUUUAUAUGACUUAGUUUUACUUAAUUUUUUGGACAUUUCGUCGAAUAAAAUAGAAGAAAUAAAACCUGGUAUAGGUUUUUUGACAAGGUUGGUCAAUUUAAAUUUGUCUCAUAACAACUUAUCAAGCAUUCCUUUGGAAAUUACAAGCUGUCAAGCAUUAAGAGAUUUGAAUUUGUCAAACAAUAAAAUUACAUCUUCCGGUUUACCAGAUUUAUUUGAUAUGAAAAAACUGGAAAUGAUUCAACUUCAACACAACAAAUUAACAUCACUUCCCUGCUUAAGAGGUUGCUCCGAGUUAAAAGAGAUUCAUUUAGGAUUUAAUAUGAUUGAGGAAAUCACAGUCGAAGAAUUGAGUACUCUUUCUCAUUUAAAAGUCAUUAAUCUUCGAAACAAUCAUCUUAAAGAACUACCCAAGGAGAUUUCUUGUUUUCUUAAUUUAGUACGGCUCGACUUAUCUAAUAACGAUUUGAUGGAGUUACCAAAUACAUUAAGCAUACUUCCUCAUCUUGAAAUUUUAUUAGUUGAAGGGAACAGUUUACGAUCCAUUAGAAAAGAUAUAAUUCAUGGAGGUACUCAUAGGUUGCUAAAUCAUUUAAAGCUAACAAUGCCCCUUGCUGAAGCAGAGAAAUAUUUACAAUCACAAUAUCCUUGUGAAAAAGAAGAAUUUCCUGACAGGUACGCAAUGAGAUGUAGCAAAGCAUUAAAUUUAUCAAACAAAAGUUUAUGUAAUGUGUCUAAAGCUGUUUUCGAAGAAGCUCUUGCUGUUCCAUGUACAAUUGUUGAUCUGUCAAAAAAUAAAUUACUAGAAAUUCCUUCUGGGACCUGGUUACUUUGUAAAACCCUUAACGAUUUAAAUAUCUCCUGUAAUCAAUUACAAGAAAUACCUGCAGAAAUCAAAACAUGUCUCAAUUUAAGAUAUUUAAAUAUUUCUCAUAAUAAUAUAAAAGAAUUACCAGAUGAAUUUGCAGCUUGUACUCGAUUACGUGAACUCGAUAUUUCAUUUAACAGUUUUAACCAGCCACCGAUGUGCGUUUACAAGUUUCCCGCUCUCGAAAUUCUAUUAUUAGGAAAUAAUAAAAUUUCUUUCAUUGAUGCUGAGGAAUUAUUAAAUUUAAAAAUGUUAACUCAUUUAGAUUUGACAAAUAAUAAUUUGACCGAGAUACCACCCUUGAUUGGUAAAAUGACGCAAUUACGAACAUUGAAAUUGGAGGGAAAUCCUUUACGCGUUCUUCGACCCGCUAUUAUAGCAAAAGGAACUGAAGCCGUUUUGUCUUGUUUUUCAUUUAAUUAG